GGUUGUUAAAGCAGGAGGUUGGAAAUAUUUUUAUUGAUAAUGAAUGUUAAAAACAUGCAUUUAGUAUUUCUUAAUGGUAAAUCUGCAUACAGGUACUUACUUACAGAAUGAGGUUUGUGUUGUUGUGAAGAGGGAUGUAGAAAAGGCAGCAUCUGCAUCAGCUGCACACCUACAUCCUACACAGUGUUCAGAGACUUCAUGUGCUCAGAAAUAUAAAAAGUCCUCUAUUACUUAUGCUUCUGGCUCAGUCCCUGCAAUGAACGAAGACAAGUUAACUGAUCCUAAGGGUAGUGGAAAGAAACAUCCAUCGAAACAUUUCACCAAGUCUUCGGUAUGUUCGUUAGUCCUUGAAUCAGACGUGCAGGAGAUAACUGGACCUGGCUCUCUGGACAAAUAUGAAAUGGAUACCGUGGAACCAGCCAUGGCUUUAAGCACUCCUGUGAUGAACUCAUUUAUUAACACAACCUCUCAAGAUGUUUUGCUGUUAAAUAUGGCCAUGGACUCAGUUGAGGACAAUGCAGGAUAUAAUGAGAAAUCAAAUAUGUCGGAUGUACUACAGAAAAAGGCAGUUAAAACCAACGUAAUCACUGUCUCAGAAGAUGAUGUUGUCCCCUGCUCUUUAAAUACUCAAGAGAUGAAAAACUUGCAGACAUUGAAGUGUGCAACAGUUUUUCAUCCAAAAUCAGUUAUAUCUUCAGAGUUACCAAGCAAGUUUAAGGGAGAUUCUAGAAAUAUACAUCACUCAGAACAUGAAACCAAUAAAGCCACAGAUACCAGAGAAGCCAUUACUGGCACGCAACAAAAGAGAUGUAGGCGUACAAAAGUUACAAAGAAAAGGACAUCAGUCGGUGAGGAUGAUACACAAGGAGUGGAAGACACAUCAGUGCACCUUACUUCAGUGGCAUCAUCUAAAUCAGAGAAGAUGCUCUCACACAACAAUGCAGAAUUAUCUAGUGUAAUAUCAGAUUCUAAAAAAAAAGGUAGGAAGAUUCCCAGAAAUAGUUCACCUGUAGAAGCCACACGUGUAUAUUACUUGCGUAGUCGCCUUAGAUCUCAAAGUGCAGAUGGAACUGCUCAACACUCGACUGAUUUGAAGGCUAAAGCAUCUUGCAAAUCAAAGAAAGCAUUCACUUCUCCCAAAGUUUCUUCACCCAAGUAUGGAUAUGAGAGAUCAAGACGUAAAACCUUGGAACCUGAUAUUAUUGCAGUAUCUCCCAGAGAUACUGACACUAUUCGACUUAGGACUCCAAGGGUUGACACUAUGGAACCAGCCACUCCAAGGGCUGAUGCUAUGCUACCUGUAGCCACUCCAAGGACUGACACUAUGCAGCCAGCCACUCCAAGGGCUGACACUAUGCAGCCAGCCACUUCAAAGACUGACACUAUGCAACCAGCCAUUCCAAGGUGCAGCACUAUGCAGUCAGCCAUUCCAAGGGCCAACACUAAGCAGUCAGCCACUCCAAGGGCCAACACUAAGCAGUCAGCCACUCCAAGGGCCGACACUAUGCAGCCAGCCACUCCAAGGUCCAACACAAUGCAGCCAACCACUCCAAGGGCUAACACUAUGCAGCCAGCCACUCCUAUGGCUUACACUAUGCAGCCAACCACUCCAAGGUCCAACACAAUGCAGCCAACCACUCCAAGGUCCGACACAAUGCAGCCAACCACUCCAAGGUCCAACACAAUGCAGCCAACCACUCCAAGGUCCAACACAAUGCAGCGAACCACUCCAAGGGCUGACACUAUGCAGCCAGCCACUCCUAUGGCUUACACUAUGCAGCCAACCACUCCAAGGUCCAACACAAUGCAGCCAACCACUCCAAGGUCCGACACAAUGCAGCCAACCACUCCGAGGUCCAACACAAUGCAGCCAACCACUCCAAGGUCCAACACAAUGCAGCGAAUCACUCCGAGGUCCAACACAAUGCAGCCAACCACUCCAAGGGCUAACGCUAUGCAUCCAGCCACUCCAAGAGCUGACACUAUGCAGCCAGCCACUCCACGGGGUGGCAUUAUGCAGCCAACCACUCCAAGAAGUGAUGGUCUACAGUUUGCAACUUCUGAAACUUGUAGGGCUGAUGCAUUGCAGCCUUCUGCUCCAAACGCUACUCAGGAUGAUGCUCUACAACAUAUUGGUCCAGACAUAAUUAACACUUAUUGCUCUGCUUGUCCUAGGAUUGAAGUUGCACAGAAUGUCACUCUAAAGAUUCCUCUGCAGGUUGCAUCUCUAAGAAGUGAAACAUCAAGCCAUCUCACUCUUAAGGCUAAAACUAUGCCAACUUCUACCAGUAAUGUAGAUACACUGCCUGUCAAUUCAAGGGGUGAUGAUCAGCAGCCUGAUACUUCAGGGGCUCUCAAGUCUGACACUCCCCAUCCUGUCACAGAUAAGCCUAGCUCUCCCAUCAGCCCAAGUUGUGAUAAUCCUGUGGAUAAUACUCCAAGGCCUGGUACUCCAUGGCCUGAUAAGCAUAGGUGUCACACCCCAAGGCCUGAUACUUCAUGGCAUGGUAGCCAUUGGCCAGAUAUCCAUAGGCCUCAUACUCCUGGGCUUGAAACCACUGGAAAACGUGAUGAAUUACCCACAACUUCACUUUCAAAUGUAUGCCCAGACCUAAUGAGCUCUUCCUUGCCCUUCACACCAAAAUCUCCACCAACAAGGUCCCGAACAUGUAGGAUUUUCUCGCCAAAAGACUCGCCAAUUAUAGAUAAAGAUGACCUCAGUCUGUGUUUGGAAGAUUCUUCAGGUGUAGAUAUCCAAAAACAUGACACAGAUGAUGGUAAUCCGAGAAAGGAGCUUGAUUGCCAAUCUUCAUUUGAAGUAGACCAUUCUAAAUCAAGAGAGCUCGUUUUAUCAAGAGAAAUCCAACUUUUUGAAACUUUACCUGCAACUGAAAAUACAAAAAUAGUUGAAAAAGACAACCAAGAGAAUACUGACUUGAGUAUAAAAGAUAAUGGGUUUACACUUCAUGAUAAGAAUGAUAGUUCUAAUUAUUCCAUUGGAGUUAGAAACAGAAAAAGUCCAAGCAAGGCUUUGGAAACUACAUUAAUGAUUCUAGCUGGUUACCCUGUCAAAGCUUCAUACUUGACUCCUGUCAAAGUACCAUAUUGCACAGACAUCAGCAUGUUGGGCAGUAAAUCAACAGGUGAUGUGAAGAAAAGGGAGAGAAAAAUGAGAAGAAAAUCAAACUCCAAUUUGCCACUAUAUAAGAGCAGUGGGAAAUCCACCACAUUUUCAUAUGGAUUAGAGGAAAGGGGGGUAAAAACUUUAAGGACCAAGAAAAAGCUUUUUGACACUACAUCUCAUUCUUUGUUGGAAGGAAGUCCCCCACAUACUAGUACUCCACAUGAAGUUUAUACUUUUGAUGAGAAGGAUGAUGCUUCAGAAGUUUCUCCUUACUCCAGACAAAAUGAAAAUAAGGUCUGUAGAAGGAAAUGCCAAAGUGUCACCAAGAGAAAUUCAGAGAAAUCUUUUUUCAAAAACAAGAGAUCUUCAAAUAGUAGUCGCAAAAUUGAUGAGAGGAAUGACAGCUCUUAUGAAACAGACAAGAAUGAUAAAAUGCCUGAAAACAAUACUGGCUCAAGACUCAAAAACUUGAAUAAAUCCAAAACCAGUGAAAAAGAGAGAGGGAAAAGGCCUUCACAGAGGAACAUAUCAGCUGGUGGACUUUUUGAAGACCCACAAGUUGUAAGCAUGAAAUCUGUCAUACAUGAUGUUUAUUCAGAUUUUGAUAGUCCAGAUCAAUGCAUAGAAAACAGUUGGUUCUACAAUCAGAAAGAAGGUCGGAAAUUUGAAGGGUCUACAUAUUCUAUGAAAAGAAAAUCUUUGUCACGAUUAGAUUUGUUUGACAACAGACCUGAAGGUGAUUGGAAGCCUUUUAAAGAAAGAAAAAAAAGAAUAUCCAAAGAAUUGAAGGGAGAGGUUUUGAAGUCACACAGGAAGGCAACUGUUAAUAAGAGUCGCAGAAAGAAGCAAAAUAGCCAAAGUUUUGCCAAACACUUUUCUUCCACUGAUAGACACUCUGAUAUUGAUACUGACAAUAGAUCAAGUAGACUUGAAGAAAGCUCUGAUUUAAUUAUAUAUGAAGAAGGAUGCAAGAAUGCUCAGAACGAGGCUCUUGAAAUUUUACGCCAUACCAGUAAAAGCUCAGUUGAGUCUAACACCCAGAAUGUAAUGGAAUACAAACUUUUUCCAUCAAAAGCAAAGGACAUGGAUGAAAGUCAAAAGAGGUCGAGGACUGACUUGGAAGAAAGUUUUGGAUUUUCCUCACCUGAAUUAAUGGCACAUCAGGUCAAGCAGCCACAUACUAAACGUAUUCGAAAAUCUGUCGAAGAUAAGGGAAUUAAGUCCUUGGUUGAAAAUAUUCUUCCACAACAGCAAAAACCUUCAAGUCAAAUGAGGCCAGUUGUGAAACCUAGCGAUGUUCCAAAUCCUCCACAUAAUACUCCUGUAACUGAUCUCUCAACUCAGCCAUUUGAUACCAGGGAUAUUAGUGUUAUUCUUUCAAAUCGGCUAAAUUCCCAAAACGUCUCGUCCGGCAGGCUUCAGAGCACUUUAAUUGAAGAAAUAAAUCAUCCCAAUAUACCCAACGAAAGGUUUAGUUAUGUAACUGAGUUAAACUCCUCCUAUAACAGUCUUCCAGUUGACCCUUCCAAGAGUGAGAUGGAAACACAAAAUUCUUCUUUAAAAGACAUACAAGAGAAUGAUAUUUCACCACUACUUAAUAAAGAUAUCAGCUCAAAACUUGACUUUGAUAACUCAAGUGAAGAAGGUUUUCAAGAGCCAUUUGAAAUGAUACCAAAAUGUUCUUGGAUGUCAUUGCAUGAAGAUUCAGAAGAAUCAAGGGAAGAUGUUUCAGAAAAGAAAAACGAAUUAACUGAGGACCAUUUGUGCCACCUAGAGAACCAGGCAAGCAUAUCAACUACCAAUAAACCUCAGAUUUCUGAAAAGGCAUCUGACUCUCAAGAUCACCUCCAAGAAAAAGUGAGUAGUCUACCUAUGCCCUCACUGCAGAACUGUUGUAAAUCACAAAAAAAUUAUAAUGAUAAUUUAGACGCUCGAGGUGGUUGUGAAGAAAAUGUAAGUGGACCUUCAUCUAUGAUUUCUGUUACCCUCAAUAGUCUUCUUAACAGGCUCACAAACAAAGCUUCUAGUGAACCUGCUUCAAAGCCUCAACAUACACCAAACAGUUCCAGAAUAGAAUCGACUCCGGUUCACCCAGCACCCAGAACACUUUUUGUUACUUCUAAGGAAACUCUGUCUGAAGGACAGGAAAAAACAGCCCCAACAGCUCAGAAUAGUUACUGUGAUUCUCUGCAGAACAUACAGACUUGCAUAGAACAUAUUGCAGAUGGACUAUACAGGCUGGCCUCAGCUUUGAAAAGUCAUCAAACUCAUCAUAGGUGAAGUGGAUAGAUCCUUAUGAAACUAACACCAUUCAGAUCCUUAUGAAACUAACACCAUUCAGAGUUGGGAUCUCCAUGGGAGCAACUAGGAAAUCUUUUUUUUUUUUAUAAUACAGUACAGGUAUUCUCAGUUGUAAAUAUCAAGGUUUGGUUUUUUAGUAACACUGAAUAGAUUGUUUCACUUUACAAUCUUUUCAAUCAUGUAACAGAUAUUUUAGAUAUUGUAGUCAAAAGGAAAGGAGUUUUGCUUUUCCAUGUAGGUAUGCAUUACUUUAGGUUUAAAUUACAGUGUGGUUCCUUUGCAAAAUAUAGGUAUUUCAUAUUUCUUAUACUAAGCAAUAUAUUUUACAGCCAAACUUUGAAUUGUAAAUUUUUUGUGCUGCUAUACCAAGUGCUACCUGAAAGGAAUUACUCACUGUCUUUUCAUACUUAACUCCACGAUUCAUCCUAUGCCAGUACAGUACAUACUUCCUGUAAUUUAACUUUUUCCUCACAGAAAGAUAAGACUUACUGUACUGUACUCUUGUUUAUGCUCUCUGAACAAGUCUGCCUAUUUUGACUGGAAACAUAGAAAUUGAAAUUCUUUUCCAUAUGUUUGUCUCAAACAAGAAUGAUUAUUUUAACUUUUUUCAUGUGAUUGACCUCUUGCUUUUCAAGAGUACAUUUCACACUGUCAUAAGAUACAUACAUAUACUUAUUUCUCUAAUACAGUACAGUACACUGUACUAUAUAGUACAGUACUUAGGAAAUAUUAGAAUUACUGGUAGCUUUCUUUCAUUAGCACUGUAUGUGAAGGAUAUAUAACAUACAGCUCCGAAUGGUGACAUAUCUUCAGCAUCAAUAAUUUUAUGUUUUAUCCUUCCUAACCAACAAAGGAAGGGAGACGUAGAAGGUAACAGAAAAGAUAGAUUAGAAAUUAUUGUGCAUUAGUUAUUUUAUAUUGUUAGACUUCAGAUUUUUAUCUCCAUAAAGAUGUUAAAAAAUUUAUUAAUAUUAUAGUCAGUUACCCAUGAUCAAUGGACAUGCAGUGAUUAUGAAUAACCUGGUUUCACCAUUAUCUUAUUUUACUCUGGCUGCAACCACUGGCUGCCAUCCCAUCUUGUAUUUCACCAGAAUUUUGUGUAAUUGUAUUACAGUUUGGUACAAUAAACAAUCUAAUAGUAUGUACUAACCACAAAAUAUGAGAUUGUCUUUGCAUCAUGGUGAGCUGGCUGAAGGUGAGCCACAGAUGGAUAAGCACACACUGAUCAUAGUUGGUUGAAUAAAAUUUGGAUAGAUGUAUAAGUACUUUACUGAAAUGUAAAGACCCCUGGCCAAAUUAGGAAAGAAAGGAAAACAUUGUAGGCAUCCCCACACAGAGACAACGAUUUUUUAGUGAGGAACAGUGUUUUUAUAAAUCUGCUGCAUUUAAAAGUACAAUAUAGUCAGUUGUUGUAUGUGAUCCCUCUUUUCUUACAAGAUGCAUACAAAGAUGGUUUUCUACAUCAAUAUCACUCAAGGUUAGUGUAAGUGCAAACAUGUUCAAUUGUUUUGCUUGUAGUUAUAUCAGAAUCAUUAAUAGUUGAUGUAAAUGAGUACCGGUGUUAUCCAUUGUACCCUCAUUUUCCAUGCUAACAUUUGAGAAAAUAUUUACUACAUCUACACUCAAAGGUUUAUUAGGGUUAUGUAUAAUCUAAAUCUCUGAUUAAAGAUGCCUUUGUGUUAAGGUGCAACCCUAUUACAUCCUGUCUUGAAACUGCUUUACAAGAGUAAUGAUAUAGUAUCGGUGAUAGCAGUAAAGAUUUCUGUUAAUUAAAAAAGAUGAGUCAGUAUGCCCCUAAGAAAAUUAGUUUCAAAUGGCCUGAUGUUGAUGUUUUGUGUACAUAAUAUAUUUAGUUUGAACUAGUACGUAUAGAGAUGAUUAUUUCUAUUUUAAUUUUUGGAAGGAGAACAACUUGAACCAAUUUAUAAUUUAUUUUGCGUUUAUAGGAUAGUUACAACAGUUUUAAUAAUGGUGAGAAUAUUUAGAUAUAACUUUAUAUCUUUGAUUUGUGUGUCAAAUGUGUAUUAAGAGGAUUUUUGUUAAAUAAACAUAAAAAAUAACUUCAUCUAAUACUUUAACUUGUACACCACUGAUUGGCCUUUUAGCUGCUUGGGCAGUUUGUCAUGUCUGAUAUGCACUAUUGGGAAGUACUGGGCAUGCUCUGGCUCCAGAAAGUAUCUUAUCUUGCAAUGGUCAAGUCCAGUCUUGAAUGAGCUCUCACUUGGUGCCAUUAUAAGACUGGCAGAUUAUUCUCACUCCAUAAAAGUUUACUUUGUCACUUUUCUGAACUUCUGGCUUCUUCAAUCUAAGGCUGUGACCCCUAGUACCUCGACUGAGGCACUUAUACUAUAGACUUCUAUUUAAUUACCCCUUGCCCGUUGAUAGUAUAACCUGUAUAACUGCAGGUGUUCUAAUCUCAUUGUCUUCGUAUAGAAAGUAACCACAAUUUUCUUUUGUGAUCUAACUUUUUAUGAAAAACAAAAUACUGUCGGCUUCAGAAAAGCUCUGCAUCAAUAUUUUAUAAAACUGAGUUGUAUGAAAUGACAGGAAGAUACUAGAUGGAUAGCUCACAGGGCUUGUGGAAGAGGACUUUUUAGACUGUCUGUCUCACAGCAGGUAGAAGGUGGAUAGUUCAUCAUCCCUGGACUGAAACACUUAGUGUGGAUGACAUGGACACCAAAUGGAUAAAUUAUACCAACACCACCAUGGAAGCUCGCCACCACUUCUUCCCCGAGAAGUCCAUCAGAUCACACCCAGCCAGAGCAUGCAAUUCGGUACGGUACGAUUAAUUUAUUGUAAUUCGUACCAAAGGAAAAAUACCGUACCGUAAUUUUGUACCGUACAAGUACGAUAAAAUAUCGUACACUGACCCUCUCGGCUCUCUCUGACCAUCACCACGACCUCAUCUGCAAAUUUGGUGAGAAGCUUCUGCAUCAUCCUUGACAUCAGCUCCUACUACCACCCGAGUUCCUUCGUUGACGAAUUGCUGUUCAACAUUACAUCCACAUCCAGCCUAUACGAGCAUGUAUUGAUCGCUAUAAGAACAGCCCAGUCCCAACCAUUGUAAAAAUCAUCAAUAACUUGUAAUCAACCAGUGUAUUCACUCCCAGUCAAUCUUAACUUUUUGCACCGUCACUAUGUUGAAAUGCCCUGUAGUAUGACCUCCCCUCAUAGUUAUUAUAGUAUAUCAAAUUUGUAUCACACAUGUUACUUGUACUAUAUUAUUUGUCAAUCAAGAGACCCAUUCCCCAAUUAUGU